CCUACUUACGUCGAGGUAACGCGUUCGCAAUAAAACGUAGGCGCUUCAUGAUUCCAAUUCGGCACCGGCCGCCCAAGUUCUGCUGGUAGCGAAGAACAGAAAAAAACAGAAUGUUCGGGCGUCGUUCUACCACGUCGCGGGCAACUGCAUCUGCGAUGAACAGUAGCGGCACUGGCGACGGGUCCCGAGAAGAUGCCCACGUGUUGAGGGACGAGCGCAGGCUGCACGGGGAGGACCCACAAUGUGGUCGUCAACUACACGGUCAUUUUCCGCUUCCGCCACAAGCAGACAGCAGCGAAGAUCUCCCCUGCUACGCCACGACUUCGUCGCGGCUCAGCACGAAGAGAACACCGCUGAUCAAUCGAGUAGACCAGAAUGGGCAUGGGCAGCUGCACAAUUUCAGUUUCCCGUCGAACAUAACGCUGACAACCACCACCAGUUCAUCAUCUGACCCGAAUUUGAUGCAGGGCGAUGCUCUAGACGCAGGAGGGGCGGACCACCUGCUGGCUCAACACGGCUCGUCGCUUCUCGAUGAUGGGGAUUUGCUCGCACGAGAAGAUCUCCACUGUGCAACCACGAGCAGGAGUUCUUGUACCAAGGACUUUGACUGCACGGAAGAACAAGUUGUGAAGCUUGCGGGGUCCUGCAGAACCUCAACGUCGUUUAUGAUUUCCAGCGCUGCGGGAUCGCUCAGAGACUACCACGGAGUUGUAGCAGACGACACGGCUGCUCGUCCUGCGCAUCAAAUAAAGCACGAAACCGCUUCGCCGUCAGCUCCUCCGCCGGUGAUAUCGUCGAACGUGGAAGAUGUCAGGACAACUACUGCUUCAGCGGCUUCUGUGAAGACGGGACCUGAUCAUCCUGCGGGGAGUGCAGCUGUAACGAAUGGCAGUAAAAUAUGGCAGUGUCAGGAUUGAAAUCGUCAAAGUUGAAAAAAAAUUCUGGCAGAACUUGGCGGGGGCCUUCAGGGCACCCCCUCCGGGACCCCCUUCAACUCUGACACAUUCCAGCAUAGCGUGGUGGCUAGCUCGGAGGGGGGGCGAAUGUGUCAGAGUUGAAACGCAAAAUCCCGGCACCUCUUCAGGGGCCCCCGGAUUUUUUUUUCAACUUUGAGAAUUUCGAUCCUGACACACCCAUAUAAAAUAAAUAGGGUCCUCGUCGUAUCAGCUGCAUCAGAUCAUGCAAACAACUCCUCCAGCACAACUACCAGGACACUGAACACUUGUUCCAGCAAACAACAAGAAGAGACAACUACGAGGGCCGCCAACCGUGUCGAGGAUGCGUCGAGGACCGGAAAUUAUGCGACAGACUAUCGAAUGUAAAAAUGUCUGGGUCUGGAAGAGUCAUGCUAUUUCUGCAUGACACAGAAGGUCUGGUAUGGAAGCUCCAGCAUCACAGGUUUCGAGAAGCUUCCGCAAUGUCGAACCCGGAUGACAAAUCCCCCAAUUUGGUGACAGAAAGUGAGCAGCUCUUGCUACCUCUGCAUGAGAGAUUUUUGUGAGUUCCGAAAUGCGCACCACAGGUUACAUCCUUCCAGACCCAGACACUUUUACAUUUGAUACAGACAUGUCUGAAACCACAAGGUUCGCGCUCCUCCGCACCGACUUGGCGAAUGAGCGCACGUUUCUGGCCUGGAUCCGCACAGCGGCGGGCCUGGUCACCCUGGGGUUCGCGAUGGACAAACUGAAUCUGGUCACGGAGUCCCACGUUGACAACUUGUGCGCCAUUAUGUUUGUUCUGCUCGGUGUUUUUUCUGCGGCGUACGGAACCCUGCGGUACUAUGCGGUCCGGAAUGCGAUUCGAGAACGAUAUCCUGUGCAAAAGUAUCGUACUCGUAGUAACUGCAUUUCUGCAUUACAAAUCUCUGUCUCAAGGUAAAUCACCAUUACAAAUUCAAUUUGUAAUGCUGGUGGAAUCUGUAAUGCAGUUUAUACUAGUACGAUACUUUUGCAGUUCAUAAACGAGCUGGAGGCACCAUGUUUGGGUCGCACUUUUUAUCCAAGUGAUGCUGCAACAAGUAAUAGUAAAACAAUUUCCAUACGGACCAAAAAUGCGAUGAACUUUUCCUGUCAUGACAAUGCUGUUUGCCUGAGAAAUUUAGUAUGCGAAAGCUGUAAAAAAGUAGUCUCUAUGUCGUUUUCGACAUGGGGUCGUCAACGUUGUAUUUGCCUCAGACCGUAAAAAAAAUUCUGCGCGCAUUUUUUCGCGGCGCAAAGCUAGUAAACCUGUGCACGCUAGUGAGGGGCUGACUUGAACGCGGUUUGUUUUAGCUAGCUUGUCAGCAGCAGUGCUCUAGUAGGUAAG